AUGGUGGAUUUGCAGUUGCGAGAAGGAAGCUUUAUGGACCGUGAGUUUCAUCGUUACAAACUCCACGAAUUAGACGACGCUCAACUUGCUGUAAGCCCAAAGUUUUACAAGUGGAUUAAUUCAUCCAUCCCUAGGCGCGUAUCGGAAAAGGUCCGGACAGAGACGUAUAUGAACAUCGUCAAUACGAUCAUCAAAAACAAAAAACAGCAGAUUGUAUCCAACCAAACUCCAAAAGUUAUACUGGCAGAUUUGAUUGAGCAGGCGAUUAACAACAAUGUGGUCAACGCCACGGCCAGAAAAGACCUGAUAAAGUUACUCCGACAACGUGAAACUGAGGUUGCAUCUGAUGUCGUUAGUAGCACUGACAAGACCGUCGGUCACGAGGUCUAA